AUGAAGGGCCGCGACAGGAUCAAUUCGAGUUUGCCGGAUGAGCUCAUCCUCGAAAUCUUCAAUCAUCUGGACUCGAAGCAAACCCGUGAUUCCGCUUCCCUCGUCUGCAAACGAUGGCUUGGGCUCGAGCGUCUCAGCCGUGAUUCAAUUCGCAUUGGCGCCUCUGGAUUUCCCGAUGUUCUGGUCAAGAUUCUAUCCAGCAGUUUCCCUAAUGUGAAGAACCUGUCCAUCGACGAGCGUCUUUCGAUUUCCGCCUCCCUGCCCAUCCAAUAUGGAAGAAGACGUCACAGGAAUCACUCUGCAGUUUCACCCCUUCAGCUUCACAUUUUAGCUGGUGGAAAAACUGGCUCGGAAGGUUCUAGUGGAAAGAAUGGAUUUGAUCAGUUGGAGGCAGACACGUAUUGCUUAUCAGAUUCUGGCCUAGCCGUGGUUAGCAAUGGCUUUCCCAUACUUGAAAAGCUAAGCUUGAUAUGGUGUUCGAAUGUGACAAAUGUGGGUUUGAGAUCUGUUGCAGAGAGUUGUAAAUCAUUAAAGUCUUUGGAUUUGCAGGGCUGCUAUGUUGGAGAUCAAGGCAUUGCAGCUGUUGGGGAGUGUUGUAAAUUACUUGAAGACUUGAACCUUCGUUUUUGUGAAGGUCUAACUGAUGAUGGUUUGGUCGAAUUAGCCAUUGGUGCUGGGAAAAGAUUGAAAUCUCUUGGCAUCGCUGCAUGCGCCAAAAUAACAGAUGUAUCUCUGGUAGCAGUUGGAUCCCAUUGCCAUCAUCUUGAAACAUUAUCAUUGGAUUCAGAGAGUAUACAUAACAAAGGCGUCCUCUCGGUGGCCAAAGGAUGCUCAGCACUGAAAGUAUUGAAGCUACAAUGCAUUAAUGUCACAGACGAGGCUCUAGAAGCUGUGGGAAUCUUUUGCAAACAAUUGGACCUCUUGGCAUUGUACAGUUUUCAGAGAUUCACAGACAAGAGUCUUUGUGCUAUAGGAAAAGGUUGUAAAAAAUUGAAGAACCUUACGUUGAGCGAUUGCUAUUUCCUAAGUGACAUGGGUUUGCAAGCUGUCGCAGCGGGGUGUUCUGAGCUGACGCAUCUUGAAGUAAAUGGCUGCCACAAUAUUGGAACAGCAGGAUUGGAAUCUAUCGGCAAAGCUUGCAUGAGCCUUUCUGAGUUGGCGUUGUUGUACUGUCAGAAGAUAGGUGAUUUAGCCCUUUCUGAAAUAGGGAAAGGUUGCAAGCUUUUACAAGCUCUUCACUUGGUUGACUGCUCAAGUAUUGGUGAUGAUGCUAUUUGUAGUAUAGCUAGAGGUUGCAGGAACUUGAAAAAGCUUCACAUUCGUCGUUGUUAUGAGGUUGGCAGUAAAGGAAUAGUUGCGAUCGGGGAGAAUUGUGAGUUUCUUACCGAUCUUAGCCUCAGGUUCUGUGAUAGGAUUGGAGACGAGGGACUAGUUGCAAUUGGUCAAUGUCACUCUUUACGCUACUUGAAUGUUAGUGGAUGUCACCGAAUAGGAGAUGAAGGAAUGGUUGCCAUUGCCAGAGGUUGUCCUGAGCUAAAUUAUCUAGAUGUCAGUGUUCUCCAGAAUUUGGGGGAUUUGGCUUUGUCUGAGCUAGGCGACGGAUGUCCCAUGCUCAAGGAUAUCGUGCUGUCACAUUGUCGUCGAGUGACAGAUGUAGGUCUCACUAACCUUGUAAACAAGUGCACCUUGCUGGAAACGUGCCAUAUGGUCUACUGCCCGGGCAUUUCAGCUGCUGGAGUCGCAUCAGUGAUUGCAAGCUGUGCGAAAAUUAAAAAGGUACUCGUCGAGAAGUGGAAGGUUACCCCAAGAACAAGACGCAGGGCAGGCUCCACCAUAUCAUACCUCUGCAUUGAUCUCUAG